AUCAUCAUCAUCAAAUAACCAGCUCGUGGAGCGCUCGAGCACCGGUAGCACAGUCAGCUGGGCGGGGGCACUCGCGGACACAGGAUCGGAGCCCGAAUCGGAGCAGAGCACCGGCGGAAUGGGCUCCUUUGUGUGGGAAAUGUUCGGUGCUUUUCCCCCUCACACGACAGCCGCGGCGAGCGCUAGCCGGAGCGCCACCACGUGGCGCGCGGAGUGGCCGACAGACCCGGCCCUGUACUCGGUUGAGAACUUCGAGCCCAGGCCACCCCAGGAACUGGUGUGCACCGUGUGCCUGGGCGUGUACCGGAACCCCGUCGAGUGCCCCUGCCGCCACGUGUUCUGCUCGGACUGCAUCAACGGCUGGCUGGCGAACAGCAACGGCUUCGGUGGCGCAAGUUGUCCCGUGUGUCGCCGAGGGGUCGCCGCGUUUCAGCUGGUGCCUGUGCUGCCGCUCGUGAGCAACAUGAUCGCGCGGCUCACCGUGCGCUGCCCGAACCGAGACGCAGGCUGCACCGCAAAGGUGACCAUGGAGACCCUGAACAGCCACCUGGGGUCGUGCCAGUUCGGCAGAGCGCCAUGCCCAGAUUGCGGCUCCCAGAUACGUCCUUCGGAGCUGAUGGCGCACCGGCGCGAGCGCUGCUCCAAGCGCAUGGUUCGCUGCACCCGCGACUGCGGCUUAAGCCUGAGCGCCGACCGACUGCGCGACCACAGCUGCCUACAGGAAAUGCGAAACUACAUCGUCUCGCUGGAGCGCCAGAGGGACCACACCCAGCUCAACGUGCAACGCCUGCAGCACCAGGUCGAAGACCUUACUGCCAGGCUGGCGACUGCUCCUGCGCACGGGCACAUCAUUUAGGGGGAAUCUAGCGAAUACAAAUUGCGUAAUCAUGUAUUGGUACGGGAAACGUUAUGCCGAAAAUAUCCCAAAAUUACGCACGCGUACGUGCCGCUUCCGUCAUUUUCGCGAUUUGCUUGAAGACGUCGUAAACAAGUUUUCAUUUCGUCACGUCUCCACGUCCGAAAGCCUUGUCUACACGACACCGGCGGAUCGUGGUGCGAGACAUAUACUUGAAAAUUUCAAUGCUGCCAGCAAGCAAUGGCGUCGACGGAACAGGAUUCAUUCGUUUUACGAAGCCGCUUCUGACACCGAACACCUGUCUCCGCAAUGGUCCGCCACCGCCUUGACUUUCGUUCGGUAUGAAAUCGGAAUCUGAACCAGCAAUGAUGAUGAGUUAAUCUCAUGCUGCUCCUCACAAGCCACCCGCGAAUCCGUCCACAGUUGUACGGCGGCGUGCGCCAAUCGUCUGUGAAGUGUUGACCUCUACUUCGUCGCCGCCGAUGUCCGCAUGCACCUGCCGCAAUAAAGACUACGUCUGGGGGAAUAAAAUUUUCCACGUUAA